AUGGUUCUACCUCAUGACCCUUUCAAGGCAUGUGUAAUCCCCCGGCCAAUUGGCAGGAUAUCAACGCGAAGUAAAGAUGGACUAGACAAUUUCGCUCCAUACUCGCAAUUCAACAAUCUCACCUUUGAGCCGCCAUAUGUCAUGUUCUCCUCCAAUGUACUGCCCAACAACACGCGCAAAGCAACCGUCGUCAAUGCCGAAGAGACGAAACAUUUCGUCUGGAACUUGGCCAUAUGGGACCUGCGCGAAGCCGUUAAUAUCACGGAGAAUACCUUCCUCAUGGCGUGGACGAAUUCGAAAAAGCGUCGCAAUACAUCUCCAAGGAGCCCGCGACGCUUAUGGAUGCGUCGAUGGUCAAGGAAUCGCCGGUCAAAUUCGAAUGUGAAUAUCACUCCACCCGCGACUACCGGGAAAUCCGCCCAUGGACGCUGUUGA